CUGCUGAAAGAUUGGUGGGAACGAAAGUUAGAAGAAGAAGUAGAAAAACAAAGAGCAAGCCUUUCUUCUCUCUCUCUCUCUCUCUCAGUGACUUGUACCUAACCAACGGUUGAGGCCCAGAGACAGAUUCAGAAGAAGAAGAUGUCAGCUGCUUCAUUGUGUUCAUCAACUCUCAAGUCCCAGAUCACUGGACUUGGUGGAGGAGGUCUCAAGCUUCAAAAGCCAUGUCUUUCACAACCCAAUUCGCUUACCUUCACAAGGAGGAAAGGUAAGACUCUGGUGAAGGCUACAUCUCGGGUUGACAAGUUUUCGAAAAGCGAUAUCAUUGUUUCCCCAUCGAUUCUUUCUGCUAACUUUGCCAAGUUGGGAGACCAGGUAAAAGCUGUUGAGUUGGCAGGCUGUGACUGGAUUCAUGUUGAUGUGAUGGAUGGUCGUUUUGUUCCAAACAUUACCAUUGGACCACUAGUGGUUGAUGCCUUGCGCCCUGUGACAGAUCUUCCUUUGGAUGUGCAUCUGAUGAUUGUGGAACCUGAUCAGAGAGUGCCAGAUUUUAUCAAAGCUGGAGCCGACAUAGUCAGUGUUCAUUGUGAACAAUCUUCCACCAUCCAUUUGCACCGUGCUGUUAAUCAAAUAAAGAGUCUGGGAGCUAAAGCUGGAGUUGUCCUAAACCCUGGUACCCCACUAAGUGCAAUAGAGUAUGUCCUCGAUGCUGUUGAUUUGGUUUUGAUUAUGUCCGUAAACCCUGGCUUUGGUGGCCAGAGCUUCAUAGAGAGCCAAGUGAAGAAAAUUUCAGACUUGAGAAGACUGUGUGUGGAGAAAGGGGUGAACCCAUGGAUUGAAGUGGAUGGUGGAGUUACUCCAGCAAAUGCAUACAAGGUUAUUGAGGCUGGAGCUAAUGCUCUUGUUGCUGGUUCUGCCGUCUUUGGAGCUAAAGAUUAUGCUGCAGCCAUAAAAGGAAUCAAAACCAGCAAACGGCCCGAAGCAGUUGCAGUGUGAAUUGAUAUCUGAAUGACCCAUUGUUUUCAGCAGACAUUUAGUACAAGUUAGAAAUUGUACUCGUCACUUCAUCUUCUCCUCGGAUGUGCUCUCACUUCUUGCAAUAUAUUUUUUAUAAGAGAAUAGAGAUAAACAAAUAAGCAAUCAAAUUUGUGGUGCUCCUACUGAUACACAGGUUCUGUACCAUAUCCUUUACAGGGGUUUCAUAAUUCAAACUUCAAGCCGUUGGCUCUGUAAUUGAUCCCUUCCAUCUUAAUGAAGCAUUUCUUCUCUUUC